AUGCGUUACUCCCUUGCUCUUUUCACUCUCCCCGUCGCUUUGGUAGCUGCCACUCCCGCAGGAAAGCGAUGCACUGGCACAAUCUCAUCUCUCGAUGAUGUCGCCGCUGCCGAGAAAUGCACAACGGUAAACAUCAAUGCCUUCACCGUCCCAGCUGGAAAGACCUUUGCUAUCUCUGCUCUUGACGGUGCGACCAUCAACCUUGUCGGAGACGUCAAGUUUGGUGUCGCCAACUGGGCCGGUCCUCUUUUCUCUGUCACCGGAAACAACCUAAUCUUUAACGGAAAUGGACACACCUUCGACGGCCAAGGCGCCUCUUACUGGGACGGCCAAGGCGGAAACGGGGGUGUAACCAAACCUCACCCGAUGAUGAAGAUUAAGAUGUCGGGCACCUACUCGAACGUCAAGGUGCUCAACUCGCCCGCGCAUGUAUACAGCGUCAGCAACCCUGCCAAGCUGGUCAUGUCCAAGCUCACAAUCGACAACUCUGCCGGUGACAAACCCAACAGCAAGUCAGGCGGCAAGGCUGCUGGUCACAACACCGAUGGCUUCGACGUCUCGACCAAUGACCUUACCAUUGAAAAUAGCACUAUCUACAACCAAGACGAUUGCAUUGCCAUCAACAAGGGCUCCAACAUCAUUUUCCAGGGAAACACUUGUUCUGGCGGCCACGGCAUCUCCAUCGGAUCGGUCUCGACUGAUGCUACUGUCAAAGACAUCCAGAUCCUGAACAACAAUGUUGUCGACAGCGAUCAGGCUCUCCGCAUCAAGACCAAGUCCGAUGCGACCAACGCCUCUGUGGCCACCGUUACAUACAAGGGCAACACCGCAACUGGUAUCAAACGGUUCGGUGUUAUUGUUGAUCAAAGCUACCCCUCUACUCUUGGUACCCCCGGAAACAAUGUCGUGAUUUCCGGUAUCACAUUCGGCGCCGGCAACAACAUCGCUGUCACCUCUGGCGCUCAGCGUGUUGCCGUUGACUGCGGUUCUAAGUGCACUGGUACCUGGGACUGGUCAGGCCUAAAGGUCACUGGCGGCACGGCUGGCAAGAUCGAUAACUACAAGAACAUCAAGGCUGGAAGCUACUAA